AUGACCUCUGAGCUGACCCGCCGACCUCUGCGCCCUCGGCUCCUGAGUUGCCUGGUGUUCCUUGCUUUCCUCUCCAGUACUUCCACGCUCAGCCUGGACUUUGCGGAACAUCAGAAUAAAGCAGCCAAGAUCAAAAUCCACCCCAGAGGCAACCUCUGGGCCACAGGUCACUUCAUGGGCAAGAAGAGUGUGGAGCCCCUGGCCUUCUCCUCUCCUGGGACAGCCUCCCGCGCCACCCUGGAGGAAAUGAAAGAUCAGCUGAGUCAUGAGUUGGUUAGGAUCCUCCGGCUGAAGAAAUCCCUGGGCGUGAGCCAAGGGGACCCUGCAGUGAGUGCCCAGGACCUAUGGAUGCUGGUUCAGCAGCUGGAGAAGUAG